ACCGAGUGCCGGUGGCGGGGGAGUCUGGGAAGAAGCUCCACGCCCCCCCCCCCCUCCCGAGACACGGCCGCGGACGUUGGCUCUGCUGGCUCCCUGUUGGCCUAGAAGGUUCUGACCCCCCCCCCAGCCCCCCCCGACUCAGUCAGCCGGCGGGGGGCAGCGCGGCCGCGGCGUCAGGAAGUGAAAGCGGACAGAUGCUGGUGAAUGCCCCAUGGCCGUGGCUACCACAGUUCAUUCAUCCACUACCCACCAAAACUUGGAAGCUUUCUUUAGGUAAGAAAAUUGCCUCAGACUGUCCUAUACAACUUUCAAAAUUGGUCUUUUGUAUCUAAUUAUGUUGGUUCUAUAACUUUAGUUGUAAAAUAUCUGUGCAUGUUGUAUGUCACAGUUGCUUUGUUUUCAGUUGUGAUCUUACGCAUAGUAUAUUUGUGCAAUUACUAAUAUAUUAUUUACUGUCAGUUUUCUUGUAUACUGUAAUAAUUGGUAACAUUCUUGCAGAAAGGUAGUGCAUGUGCAGAACAACCAAAAGUGAUCAAAGGAUACAGUCAACUUAAAACAAAACAAAAAACUUUUGUUAGGAACAUCGUGUAACAGUUGGAUGUACAAGUAAUACAAGAUUACUGUAACCGAGAGGCAUUGAAGUUUUAAAAAAAAAAAAAAAAAAAUCUCUGGAUGCUAUCUACAGAUUCCGUCCUGUGUUUUGGUUGCUUAACAUUAGACAAGUACAGCUCCCCAGCUCUUAGAUUCUCUUGUGUGAGCUGAGCAACACCUUUUUUCCUGCCCACACAUGGAAACUUAUGUAUCCCUUUACAGACUUGUUUGGUCGAGGGGAAUGAUAUAGUUGUGGUGGUGGUUUAAUAAUAUGGUAUUGAUUGUGUAACUUCGAUCCCUAUAAUUGUACAACUAAUGCUAACUGGGUGCGUUCUGAAGGUAUAAAGUGGCACAAGGUUAGAGCUAUGCACCUUGGAGAUCCCUGUUCUGUUUGCUGAGCGAACAUAUUGAGACUAGCUUCUUUAGUUCUUCGUUUAAUUAAAAUACUUUUAGAAUUCUUAAAGUCCCUCAUGGGUUUCCCAGACUUUGCAGGUCAGUUUGUCUUUGGUCAAUGACUUCACAGGUCAGUUCAUCUUCUGGGACCCCUCCCUGCCUUCUGGUUAAGGAAUCCUUUCAUACAUACAGGAUGACUCAGUAAUGGGAUGGAUGUUCAAACACCUUGAAGGUGCUGAUGUUAGACAGGAACUUCCACAUUCUUUGGAGAGAUCUAUUGUACUUGAAAACGUACAAAAAGCUUUGUACCUUCUUCACGUCACACCACUCUAGUACCUGACAUUGUUUGCUUUCAAAAUGAAGAGAAUCAGGCGGACUGUUAAAACUGAGAACCCAGUUCUCCAAGCACCACAAAGAUCAAAAAAGCAGAAAACAUUUUUCUAUGGAUCAGCGUUUGGCAAGUCUCACCUGCAAACCUUGAUGGACUGGGGAACCCUGCCGCUCCAUGUAGUUUUACAUAUUUUUCAGUUCUUGCCUUUAGUAGAUAGAGCCCGGGCAUCUUCUGUUUGCCGAAGGUGGAAUGAAGUUUUUCAUAUUCCUGACCUGUGGAGGAAGUUUGAAUUUGAGCUUAACCAACCAGCUACUUCUUAUUUAAAGUCUACUCACCCCGAUCUCAUUCAGCAGAUUAUCAAGAGACAUGCUGAUGAUCUGCAGUAUGUCAGCUUCAAGGUUGAUAGUAGUACUGAGUCUGCAGAAGCUGCCUGUGACAUCCUGUCUCAAUUGGUGAAUUGUUCUAUCAAGACAUUAGGUUUGAUUUCAACAGCAAAACCAAGUUUUAUGAACGUCUCCAAGGCUCAUUUUGCAUCAGCACUGACAGUAGUUUUUGUAAACUCCAAGUCAUUAUCAUCCAUCAAAAUUGAUGACACACCAGUUGAUGAUCCAUCUUUGAAGGUUCUUGUUGCUAACAAUAGCGAUACUCUAAAACUGCUAAAAAUGAGCAGCUGUCCUCAUGUGUCACCUGCUGGAAUUCUUUGUGUUGCUGACCAGUGUCAUGGCCUUAGGGAACUGGCUUUGAAUUAUUACAUACUAAGUGAUGAACUGCUGCUGGCUCUUUCUAGUGAGAAACAUGUUAAUCUUGAACAUCUUCGUAUAGACGUUGUGAGUGAAAAUCCUGGACAAAUUGAAUUUCAUACUAUUAAAAAGCAAAGUUGGGAUGCACUUGUUAAGCACUCCCCCAAAGUCAAUAUUGUGAUGUACUUCUUUUUAUAUGAAGAGGAAUUUGAUGCAUUUUUCAGAGAAGAAACUCCUGUUACGCACCUUUACUUUGGUCGUGCAGUAAGCAAAGCCAUGUUAGGUCGUAUUGGAAUGAACUGCCCCAGGUUGAUUGAAUUGGUGGUAUGUGCUAAUGGACUUCAGCCACUGGAUGAUGAACUCAUUUGCAUUGCUGAACGCUGUAAGAACCUAACAGCGAUGGGCCUUGGUGAAUGUGAGGUUACCUGCAGAGGUUUUAUUGAGUUUGUAAAGAUGUGUGGAGGGAGGCUAACCCAGCUUUCUAUUAUGGAGGAGGUACUCAUUCCAGAUAAUGAUUACAACCUGGAUCAAAUUCAUUCAGAAGUCUCCAAACACCUUGGAAGAAUGUGGUUUCCUGAUAUGAUGCCUACCUGGUAAACUAGCUAUAGAAAGUAUUACUGUAUGGUUAAAACUGGUUAGAUCAAGAUGUUGCUUACUAUGCAAAUAAGAAAUUAUAAAAUAAAGCAUCAAAACUUAAUUUUAAAUGUCUCAAGUUUAAUGAACUGCAUAUAGGCUAAAGCGAAGUGCUUGAGUGACAGUGUUACAUUAAAUUAGAAAAUAGAAUCUCGUAUAGUUAACAAUAGAUACAUUGAAAGGAUGUCUGUGGGUUAGAGAUGUUUCUUCCUCCAAUUAAAUUAAGCAUAUUAAUAUGGCCUCUGUUAAAUUAAAUCGUUCCAUUAAACACACUUAGUGCAAAGUUUUUUAAGGUGUUCUAUGAUAGUCUUUCUGAUGUGGUUAAAGGGAGUCUGAAGCUAGUCUGCUUAAUAGGGAGUUAAAUGGAACUUUCAGGUAAACUAUUACUUGCAGUGUUAAUCCACUUGUUCUACAUGUUCACUAAUAAUUUUUUGUUGAACAAAUACUUUGUAUCAUAAGAGCAAUCUGAAAUAGUGUAGCUAAUUAAAUCUGUUUUAAUGUGCUUGUAUACAUGUGUUUGAAUAUUGUGGCAAAUUAAGGAAUAAUGCCGCAAUAAAGAAAACGUUUUUGAUUUUAACUCUGUACUCAAUUUUCACUUUAUCAGCAAGUUAUACCAUAAAGAUAGUGUUGUAUAAUUCAUUGUUUCUCUUCCUAUGUACUGACUUAUCUGUACAGGAAAAAAACAAAACCUUGUUAAAAUUGAUGUACCUAAUAAUUCAUGGUGUUUGAUAAAGUGUAUACUUUUAUCGUUAAGACCAGUUUUUUUUUAUCUUAAACACUAAACUGUCAGGAUUCUGGCCCAUGCUCCCUUCACACAGGGUCUAUUAAGAUGUCCCAAAAUGGUCACGGUUGUAUUCCUCUUUCUGGUGUAGGGAUUGCUAUGAUAUCUCAGCGACACCAACACAGAAGUAUGCUGGUAGGGAGGAGGGUUUGAUUGGGUUGUACCAUCUGGAUCCAGUUAUUUCCCCACCUGGCAUAAAAUUAAAAGCUUAGAGCAACCCAAGGCUGUUCUAAUGCUAGGGGCCAAAGUGGCCCCAUUAAGCCCUGGGAAUUGGGGAGCCUUCGCUGUGCCUCGCAGAACUCUGCCCUAACCACUAAAUCCUCCUAUAGUGAGUGUUGGGGGCUGAUCCUGUUUUCAUUAAGGUCUUGGCUACACUUGCAUGUUAUACCACAAUAAAGCUGCCCAGAGUGCUCUAACUCACUCCCCGUCCACACUGGCAAGGCACUUAGAGCGCUCUGACUCCCUGGCUAGAGUGCUGCUGGUACUUCAUCUCCCCAAGAGGUAUAAGGUUUGCUGCGUAUUGGGUGAGACACUACAACGUCAGUGUGAACAAGGAGUUACAGUACAGCGCCCUGAUUGCCCUCAGAAAAUGUCCCAUAAUCCCAUUAACUGAAGUGGCCUCUCUUGUCUUUGUUGUGAACUCUGGCAGGAAUGCAGAAGUGGCCUUUUCAAAGCUCCAUUUGGGAGCCCAGUGCGGCUGCUUAUCAGCUCUGAGAAAAAAACAAACAGCUAAUGUUUGCUUUGAGAGAGGCGGGGGAGGGAGGGGCAUCUGUACUUACAGGACAGCAUGCUGACACACUCUCAGCACCCCAAAACCCCCCCCCCCUCUCUCUCUCCCCCCACAUACACACAACACACUCCACGCCACCCCCUCCCCCUUUGAAAAGCACACUGCAGCCACUUGAACGCUGGGAUAGCUGCCCAUAAUGCACCGCUCCCAAUGCAGCUGCAAAUGUGGCCACCCCAGUGCGCUUUCAGCUGUCAGUGUGGACAGACUGCAGCGCUUUCCCUACUGCGCUGUAUGAGGCUGGUUUAACCCAAAGCGCUCUACAUUUGCAAGUGUAGCCAAGCCCUAUGUAAGCAAGACUUGCAACCUAAAUGAGUGUCCUGCCUGUAAGGACUGCAGGAUUGACUUGUUGCAUAUCCACACUAAAGAAUCCUGUGGUGAAGCCGAUCUUUCUUUUACUUGAAAUGAGGUAAAGUUUGUUAGUGCAAAGUAGAUCAUGCAUUUGUUUUUUGUGAUCCACUUUUAUACACUAAUGUAAAUUGUAGUGUAUUGUACCAUAGUUUGUCUAGCUACCUACUUGUAGCAGCAAAUCAGAGAUGUGUGCAUUUGGUUGAUCUGUAUGAGGUUUGUCACAUCAAAGUAAAAGCCAAGUAGAGUUACUUUCUUAGUUAAUCUAACUUCUCUGCUGUACAAAUAAUUUUGGGUUAGGUGUUGGCUAACUCCUCCAUUCUUUCAAACAGAAUGGUUUGAAAAGUUAUACACAACAUAAAAUAAGAGAUAAUUGGGAUAAAACAUACUAAAUGUAUUUGAAUUGAUCAAUAGUGAGUUUUUACAAACUAUACAAGACAUAUUUUAGUAGAGACUGUGUAAUAUCACUUGUUAACCAAGCAGUUCAUAAGUGGUAAAUUAAUAUAAUCUAAAUUUGUUCCAAAUAUUAUUUUGAUGAGGAUUUUUGUAACUUUUGUUUAAACUGUAAAUUUAAUAAACUUACCUCAUUUGCCCACUGA